UCUAAACAUUUUCAUUCUUCUCAUUCCGUCACCCCAUUCUGUUCCCGGAAUCAUGGAAUCAAAAACUGCAAUUUUCGAAAAAUAUUCCAAUGAAACUGAAUCCAAAGAAAACUGUCUGGUACUAGGACAAGGAUUGCCAUCGAAACAUUGCUCAAAUUCAUCCUUAUCUUCUCAAAAAAUGCAGUUGGAUUGGGUCAAAAAGGCCGGGAAAAAGGCGACACCACUAUUCGUUCACUUUCUAAUGAUAGUAAGUGUGGGUGCCUACGCAAUAUUUGGAGCACUUGUAAUGAGAAGUCUUGAAUCGAGAACUGUCACAAGUAUUGAAAAGAAGACGGAUGUUCACAGAAGACAUGUUAAUUUGACUAAUUUUCAACAUCCACCAACUCCAAUCACAUUAGAGCAAAGACAUCGACGGAGACGCAGACAUAAUGAGACAGCUUUGGAAGACCAUUUGUCUGAAAAAUUAUCCAGAGAAAAACGUGCAGCAGCGCAUAUCAUGAGAAGUCGAAAAUGCGUUAUCAGUGUGAUAAAGAAAAUGUCAAGCAUGGAAUGUUCAUUUGACACUCUCGACGAGAAGCUCGUAAAAGCACUCGAUGAAUGUUACCACGUGGCAGUUGAACAUAAUACUCAUGUGAAUCAUGUACUUUUCACGAAUAGUAAGGAAGAAGUGGAGUCAGUUGGGGAAGAAGCAGAAGAAGAUGUUUCCGAAUGGUCAUUUAUGGACUCGUUGUUGUUUGCAUUCACUGUUAUUACGACGAUUGGAUACGGAAACGUGGCACCUCGAACAUUUGGUGGCCGUCUAUUUGUCAUUGGUUAUGGUCUAAUUGGUAUUCCGUUUACACUGCUGGCAAUUGCAGAUCUCGGAAAAUUCAUAUCAGAAAUGAUGGUGGAGGCGAAAAGUUUUUGUAGGAAAACCUGGAAAAAACUCAAAAAAGCGUGGAACCCGAAUUUCAUUCGCGCAAAGGAUCUUUCAAAUACGGAUAUUGAGGAGAAAAUAUUGGAUAAUGAGAAAAUCGAAAAUGAGCCGGAAACUUCAGAAGUAUCAGAAGAAGAAGACGAUUUGACAGAGACAGAAGCCACGUCACUUUUCAUUUUAUUUUUGGUUUAUAUCGCAUUUGGAGGGUUCAUGUUAGCUGCUUAUGAACCUGAUAUGGACUUUUUCAAAGCGGUCUACUUUAAUUUUGUGACAUUGACAUCAAUUGGUCUGGGAGAUAUUGUACCGAGAAGUGAAACCUAUAUGCUCAUUACAAUAGUCUACAUUGCAAUUGGUCUUGCUCUUACCACAAUUGCCAUUGAAAUCGCCGCAGAUGCAUUGAAGAAGCUGCAUUAUUUUGGAAGAAAAAUCGAAAAUGUUGGAAAUGUGGCUAUAUGGUUUGGAGGAAAGAAAAUUACAAUGAAAGCACUGGUCAAAAACCUCGGUGACCAGUUCAAUCUUCCAACUACCGUAGUCAAGAAUUUGAAUUUGGAUCAUUUUGUGGAUCAAGCGAUUAAAGUGGAGGAAGGAGAGAUUGAGACACUCAGACCGCCGCCUUAUGAGCCACCGUCUGAUCGAUUUGAAGCUGAAUUCGCUGAUGAACCAGAAUGUGAAUGGAUCCGUGAUCCGACUCCAACUCCACCCCCAUCACCUCAACCGGUUUAUCGUCUUCCAUCUCCAAAACCAGUUACACCGGAACCUCUACCAAGUCCAACAAUAACUGAUGUAUCACUUGCGAUUGCAACACCAUCACCUGAAGAAUCGGAUGAUGAUCAAGAACUAAUUCUCCCAUCACCUGAACCGAGUCCAGUUCGAGAGCCAACUCCACCACCGCCUCCACGGGAGCCAACACCUCGUGAGCCAACUCCUGAGCCAGAGCCAGUUCGAGAGCCGACGCCUCCACCUCCGCCACCUGCCAAGCCCCGUCCACUGACUGCCGCUGAAAUCGCGGCUCAAAAACGCAAAGCGUACAGCGAAGAAGCAUGGCGUCGAUACCAAGAAUACCAGAAACAAUGGAAGAAGUUCCGUCAAACUCAGAAAACUCCCGCACCAUCUGGAGCCUCUACAUCAGGGGCAUCAACAUCAAAACCGUCUGGAACAUCACCGGAAAGUGGAGCCGGAGUAUGUACUGGACCAUCAACAAGGAGUCAAUCAAUAACAUCAGUUGCAUCUGGAAAGACAUCAAGAAGUGCAACACCGGAAAGCAAGAAAUCAUCACAUUUGAGUGGCUCAUCGAGAAGAGAAAGCGGUGGAAAAUAAUUAAAACUUGUGUAAUUUUUAAUGAAAAUAAAGUUUUGUGCUACGAAU